AUGAAACUGUCAUUGUGGUCAGCAGAUAUCUUCCUGCCGCUGUCGUCCCUGAGACUGCUGAUCCCUCCUCUGCGGCUACUGUCUGCAGCCAUGUGGCAAGUGGCUCAGCAGAAACAUGUCCUGGACUAUGGAAAGCUGGAUGAGUUUGUGACCCUGGUGACAGAGUCGGUCCCAGACCUGCUGAGUCCCAAGCAACGAGGAAAGCUGCUUCUCCGAUUGAGAGCAAAAAUUAUUCUUGAGUUGUGUAGAAGUGAGGAAACGGCUAACGUUUUGUGUGUGCAGCCUCACCUGGAGCGGAUACGUCCGCUGGGGUACUCGGGUAGUGGGGAUGCAGAAGUGGAUGCAGAAGAGGCCAUUUUUAUAGAACUCACCCAGACGCUACUGAAAGACCCAGCAGAGAGGGAACACUUUUACCAGGAGGUUUUUCCAGCAGAGUACGGCCUCAGCUACGACACAGACAUGCAGCUUCUCGUAUGGGAAUUUCUUUCUAAACUGGAAAGACUCCUGCCGGUGCCAGAUCUGGGGCAGACUGUUUCCUGGCUGACCUCGGCCCCCUCCGUACUGAGGGACUGCCUGCAAGCGCUCUCCCAUCCUGAAGACCUGAGGUCUCUCCUGCAGCACCACCGGAGCCUCCAGUCCCUCGGUGGUCAAGGUGCGACGGUGGAGGUGUCCACCCAGGUGUUCGCCUGCUCCGAGUGUCCGUUCUUCCACAUGCAGGAGUCCUACCUGCUGCAGCACAUCGAGCGCAGUCACCCGGAGCGCUACGACCAACUCCAACAGGCCGCCGAGGCGGCGGAGCCUCCCAGGAAGAGACCCCAGAGACCGCCGUUCCCCCAGCCCUUCCCCAUCCACGACCGGCCCGACCCGCACGCCUGCCAGGAGUGCGGCAAGGUCUUCACGCGAGCCUCGGACGUGACCCGCCACCAGCGCACCCACACGGGCGAGCGCCCCUACGCCUGCGGGGAAUGCACCAAGGGCUUCAAGAACUCGUGGGAUCUGACCCGACACCAGCGGACCCACACCGGAGAGCGGCCCUUCCUCUGCUCCCAGUGCGGCAAGCGCUUCACCCAGAUGGGCUUGCUCAAGCUGCAUUUUGAACGGACCUCCUGCGGCCAGACUUGCAACCCUCCUCUGGAGUUACCGACGGAGGUGGUGGUGGCAGAGGACGCAGCCGGGACGGAGGGCGGACAGUACAAAUGCCAGAAAUGUGGCAAGAGCUUCCACAGCAUCCUGGAGCGACUGAGGCACCGACAGAGCCACGUGGUGAGACGGCAGUACAAAUGUUCCCAGUGCGAGAAGAUCUACAGCCGAGCGUCGGACCUGAAGAGGCACCAGAUGAAGCACACGGGCGAGCGGCCCUUUUCCUGCGAGUGCGGGAAGAGUUUCACGCACGUCUGGCUUCUGAACAAGCACCGGCAGAUCCACUCCCGGGAUCGUCCGUACCCGUGUGCGGAGUGCGGAAAGAGCUUUGCACAGCUGCAAAUCCUCAACAGGCACUUACUGACCCACAACGGCCGGAGGCCUUUCCAGUGCCCGGCCUGCGACAAGAGCUUCUCCCAGCUGUCCAGCCUCACGCGGCACGAGCGGAUCCACACGGGCGAGAGGCCGUACGUCUGCGGCGCCUGCGAGAAGACGUUCCUCACCAACGGAGAGCUGGUGAGACACCAGCGCAGCCACAGCAACCUCAGACCUUUCACCUGCCCUCAGUGCCCCAAGUGCUUCAAAACCAAACGCUCUCAGAUGGAACAUCUAAACAGCCACACGGGCCAACGUCCUUUUGUGUGCACGCACUGCGGCAAGAGCUUCGCCAAGUCCACCUCUCUCGUGCGGCACAACCUGAUUCACACGGGGGAGCGGCCCCACCGGUGCCCCCACUGCAGCAAGGCCUUCAUCACCUCCGGGGAGCUGCUGCUCCACAGACGCGUCCACACGGGGGAGAAGCCGUACCCGUGCUCCUUCUGUGAGAAGAGGUUCCGCUGCUCCUCCGACCUCAACAUGCACAUCCGAACCCACACCGGGGACAAGCCGCACAGCUGUCUGCUCUGCAAGAAGAGUUUCUCCACGGCCACGAGGGUGAAGAGACACAUGCGGACACACAUGGACAAGGAUGCGGUCGUAGGGUCGUUGGGUCUUUGA